GGCGGUACUUCCGGCGUGCCGCGGCGUCAAAGCAAGCGCUUCUUUUCUUCCAUUUGAAUAAGAUUCGGGCAUUAAACGGGCGUGUUCGAGCCCGCCGGCAGCCCUGCUCCAGGCUCAGCGCUCCGCGGAGACGGGGGGGGCAGCAUGGACGUCCCCAACGCGCCCGAAGAUCAGGAGCUGAAGAAUGUCAUCGACAAGUUGGCCCAAUUUGUUGCACGAAACGGACCUGAGUUUGAAAAGAUGACAAUGGAGAAACAGAAGGACAACCCCAAGUUCUCCUUCCUCUUCGGGGGAGAUUUCUUCAGCUACUACAAGUGCAAGCUUGCGAUGGAGCACCAACAGCAUCCCUCUACCCACGAAGGGGAAGAGUAUAAAUCUGAAGAUGCCUUCAACCCCGGGGCCACAGACCUGCUGGACAUCCCUCCUCCACCCAUGUCCAUGAUGGCUCCGCCCCAGAUCCCCCCGUCCGCCGGCCCCGCCAUCGACGAGCUCAUCCAGCAGAGCCUGUGGAACCUGCAGCAGCAGGAGCAGCACAUGCACACGCUCCGACAGGAACAGGUGACGGCGGCCAUCGCUCUGGCCAUGGAGCAGCAGACCCAGAAGCUUCUGCUGGAAACUCAGCUGGACAUCACGGAGUUUGACAACCUGCUGCAGCCCAUCAUCGACACCUGCACCAAGGACGCCAUCUCUGCUGGUAAAAACUGGAUGUUCAACAACGCCAAGUCUCCCCCGCACUGUGAGCUGAUGGCGUCGCACCUACGCAACCGCAUCACUGUGGACGGUGCCCACUUCGAGCUGCGCCUGCACCUCAUCUACCUAACCAACGACGUCCUCCAUCACUGCCAGCGGAAGCAGCAGAAGGACUUGUUGGCGGCGCUGCAGAAGGUGGUGGUUCCAAUCUACUGCACCAGCUUCCUGGCCGUGGAGGAGGAGAAGCAGCAGAAGAUCACCAGGCUGUUGCAGCUCUGGGAGAAGAACGGAUAUUUUGAUGAGGAGACCAUUCAACAGCUGCAGAACCCGGCUCUGGGGCUCGGCCAGUACCAGGCGUCCCUGAUCACGGAGUACGCUGCGGCGGUGCAGCCCAUCCAGCUGGCCUUCCAGCAGCAGAUCCAGUCUCUGAAGACGCAGCACGACGACUUCGUCUCCAGUCUGAAGCAGCAGCCUCAGCCAGCUCCCGCCGCGCCGCUGGCCACGCCGGCUGAGCCCGAGAAGGCCCCGCCCAUCACCACGCAGGCCGGCGACAGGAUAGCUGCAGCUCACGCCGGGCGCAUAGAGCCGUCACACGGAGACACGAAGCCUCCGAUGUCGGGUCCUCCUCCGGGGGACUUUGAAGGAGCUCCUCCCCGAUCCCAGGACUCCAACAACUCCAGUGGACCCUCAGACAUCCCGCCUAACAAGCCUGGAUGGUUUGACCCCCAGCAUGUCGGACCCUGGAACCCCAACCAGCCGCCUCCCUUUGACCCGAACCAGCCGCCGCCCCCCUGCCCCCCGUGGAACAGCCACGAGGGCAUGUGGAACGAGCAGAGGGACCCCGGCAGCUGGAGCGGGGGGCCCCCCAGAGAAGGAGGGCCCUGGAGCGGCCCCGGCGGCUCGGAGCCCGGCCCUCCGGCCUGGAACUCGUUUGAGCAGCAGCCUCCGUGGGGGAACCAGCCCGAGCAGCCCCCCUGGGGGCAGAGGGAGCCCCCGUUCCCCCCUCGCAUGCAGAGACCCCCCCACUUCAGAGGGCCCUUCCCCCCCCACCAGCAGCCUCCGCCCUUCAACCAGCCCCCCCCUCCACCACACGGGUUUGGACGCUUCCCCCCACGCUUCAUGCAGGACGACUUUCCUCCCAGACACCACUACGAGAGGCCCUACACCCCCCAUCGCUUCGACUACGCUCAGGGAGACUUUCCUGGAGAAAUGCCCGGUCCUCCCCCCCCGCCCCACCACCCCAACCAGAGGAUCCCUCCUCCAGGCAUGGCAGGGGACCAUCCCCCCUGGGGGGGGUGCCAGCAGCAGGAGUUUGGCCCCCCUCCCCACGGCUUCAAUGGUCAUUCCCCUCACAUGCGUCAUCGACAGCAGCAGCAACAGCAGCAGCAACAACAGCAGCAGCAGCAGCAGCAGCAGCAGCAGCAUCCGGUUCAGGAUGACCCCAGUCUGGUACCCAACGUCCCCUACUUCGACCUGCCCGCUGGACUCAUGGCCCCGCUGGUCAAGCUGGAAGACUUUGAUUACAAACCCCUGGACCCCAAGGACAUCCGCCUGCCUCCCCCGAUGCCGCCCAGCGACCGACUGCUGGCUGCCGUGGAAGCCUUCUACAGCCCCCCCUCCCACGACCGACCCAGGAACAGUGAAGGCUGGGAGCAGAACGGCCUCUACGAGUUUUUCAGGGCCAAGAUGAGAGCCAGGAGGAAAAAGGAGCAGGAGAAACGCAACAGCGGUCGUGUAACCAGCCGCUCCAGGAGUCGCUCCCGGAGCAGAGGGAGAUCUUCGUCCCGCUCCAGCUCCCGCUCCUCCAAGUCGUCCAGGUCCCGGUCCCGGUCCUCGCACUCCCGCAGCCGCUCCCGCUCCUACUCCCGAUCCAGGUCCCGGAGUCGGUCCAGGUCGUCUCGGAGUCACUCCGGGUCCAGAUCCAGAUCCCGCUCACGUUCCCCCACCAAGCGCCGGCGCGGCCCCAAAUCCCGGAGCACCUCCCCUCCCUCCACGGCGGGGCUGGGCGCCGCCCCCCCCAAGCUGCCCACCGACGCCCGGCUAGGAGAGGAGAACAAGGGCCACCAGCUGCUCAUGAAGAUGGGUUGGAGCGGCUCUGGAGGCCUGGGGGCCAAAGAGCAGGGAAUCCAGGACCCCAUCAAGGGAGGAGACGUCAGGGAUAAGUGGGACCAGUACAAAGGUGUGGGAGUCUCCCUGGACGACCCGUACGACAACUACCGCAGAGCCAAGAGCUACAACUUUGUUGCUCGCAUGAAAGCGAGAGAGGAAGUGAACCGCGAGCCCCCGGAGACCCCUCCCCCUGAGUGAUCGGCCCACCCCCGUCAGGAUUCUGGUCACCGUUCCCAAGUCCUUCCUGCUCCAGCGUGCUUUAGCCCCAACAACACGCUGGUGUUUCCACUCGUUCAUCCGUGUGUGAGCUGGACGCCUGUUCUGACGUCGCUACGCUGGACUUCUCACAGUCAGAAUCCACCCUGGCAGGACUUUCUCUCAUCACACCCACACAUAAUUGUUGAACAUUAAUGAUUAAUGUGUCACUUACUCCGUUCACUUCAUUCUUUUAAAUUGAAUAUGUUUGUUUAAGCUCAUUGAGAUCAAAGAGGAAGCCACUUUUGUUUGAGUUGUAGAGAUGACCAGAGCCUCCAAGGGAAUAAUGGAUAUGGUUUGUUUUUAACUGCGCCCUCCUGGAAAACUGUUUCAUGGGGGGAUUUACAACAUUAAAUGUUAGUCUGUCGUUUUGUUCGUAGUAAAACAGGAACUGUACAAACAAAAUGUGUAUAUUUAUCUCCACGAGCGCGUCGUAGAGAGAUCAAUAAACACAUCCUGACUCCCAAA